AUGACAAGUCGUAACCUUGGCACAUUAGUAUAUCGGGAGAUCAUGAAUACAUCUCUAGAUAAUGAUACUGAAUUGGGUGUCGAUCGGAACCCAAAUUCUGAGGAAGAAGAGAAUAACGACGAAACCGAGGAUAGAUAUGACAAAAGUAUGAUGAAAAAAGCCAAUACAUUAUCUAGGAAAGUCAAUAAACGUACAGUUGUUGAUAUCUUCGAUAACAAUCCAGCUGCUGUAUCGGUACAGAAUAUUUAUCUGGAAGAAGAGGAUCUUAAUCUUUUUUUAACGGGUUAUAGAUUUAAUCGUUAUGGUCUCUAUACUUUUUAUAUAUUGUGUGUCUUGACUGGUGGUGUCGUACAUUUAUUAUCUCGAUGGAUGCCUAAGCUGUGGAUUUGGUUUGUCGGUAUUGCUUGCGAUAUGGAGAAAGCGGAAUGGGUUGUCGUAGAGAAUCAAUGGGGCGAAUUGUCAAUAGAGAAUGUAUUACGCAAAUAUUACGGUGGAACUGUUCUUUCUGUCUUCUCAUUUAGUCAGCUUGAUGAAGAUGAUGCAGCUAGACUCACUUCAUUGUCUCCAGACGAAAUUUUAAGUCAAUUGCAAUAUUUUGACUAUCGUUAUAUCCGAUUUAUUUAUAAUCCUUUACUGGGAAAGUUUUUACAAAACAGCUACUGGAAAGAUCCAACAUGGACAUCGGUGAAAUCACUCAAAAAAGGGAUCACUCGAGAAAUAUAUAAUGAACGCGAGAUGAUCUUUGGAAAAAAUUUAAUCGACAUCGAAGGAAAGAGCACAUUUAAGCUGUUAUUUGAAGAGACAAUGAGGAGGCUUCGGGAAAUGUCAAAGUUUAUUUGCAAUGUUCGCGUCUUCCGCGGUGGAUUACCGAGACAAAUAUCAUCGGAAGAUUUAGUACCUGGAGAUGUAUUUGAGAUAUCCGAUCCAGAUUUGCAUAUAUAUCCGUGCGACGCAGUGUUAUUAUCAGGCGAUU